AUGUGCAACAGACCAGAAUAUAAAGGUCUGCUGUCUAUGACCUCAACGGCCAACGUUGUCUCUUUCUUUCUUAGGGAUGGUAAGUUGUCCUGACAAAACCCCGGUCUAUAAAGUUAUCAGCUGCUCCAGAAUCUAAGAGCGCUAGCACAUCUAUAAACUUUUCUCCCCAAGUUAAGGGGAUAGGGAGGAGUAAACGUUUGAGGCAGUAUAGCAGAUUCUGAUGUCACAUCCAAGGCCGGUCCCCUGAGCGAGCUUAGGUGCAACCGUUUUCCGGACGCACCGGAUAAGUCAAUCUGAGAUUCCCCUUCUGGUCACAAUGUAAGCAGAGACCCUCCUUUCUCCUAUAUUGUUUCUCUGCCUCAGAUAAUUUGGUCACCCCUAGUUGCAUGGGCUCAGUAUCCGUAGACAAAGAAGCAUCAGGUACUGAGGACCUAUCGUAAUGUCACGGGAGUCGUACCCCAACACAUAGGAAAGAGGAAACCCACAAAAAGUGAAUGUGAAAGGCAUAUGACCGAGCCUUAGAAUUGCUGGACUUAAUGUAUUAAUACAACAAGACACAGGAUCAAGAUAAAUCAAGGAAAGGAAUAACAGAAAUACUCAAGACAAAGCAGGGGUCAGGAUACCAGAAAUCACUAGUCAAAUACGAAGCCGGGGUCAGGAUACUAGUAAUCAUGAGUCAAAUACAAAAAGGGGUCAGAAUACCAGAAGUCAAAUACGAAGCUGAGGUCAAACACAAGAAAUCACAAGGGAAUCACCAGGAGCACUAAACGAGGAUCCAAACAGAAACCACGAUAGGGCAAAGAAUGGAGCCUAAAACAAACCUUAAAGGACCAGUAUAGUGCCAGGAAAACAUACUCGUUUUCCUGGCACUAUAAUGCCCUGAGGGUGCCCCCUCCCUCAGGGACCCCCACCCUCAGGGACCCCCUCCCGCCCGGCUCUGGAAGGGGGAAAGGGGUAAAAACUUACCUUUUUCCAGCGCUGGGCAGAGAGCUCUCCUCCUCCGAUCCUCUUCUCCUCCCCGUCGGCUGAAUGCGCACGCGCGGCAAAAGCUGCGCACGCGCGGCAAAAGCUGCGCGCGCAUUCAGCCGGUCACAUAGGAAAGCAUUCAUAAUGCUUUCCUAUGGACGCUGGCGUGCUCUGACUGUGAAAAUCACAGUGAGAAGCACGCAAGUGCCUCUAGUGGCUGUCAAUGAGACAGCCACUAGAGGAAAUAGGGGAAGGCUUAACCCAUUCAUAAACAUAGCAGUUUCUCUGAAACUGCGAUGUUUAUGAAAAAAUGGGUUAACCCUAGCUGGACCUGGCAACCAGACCACUUCAUUAAGCUGAAGUGGUCUGGGUGCCUAGAGUGGUCCUUUAAAUAGGCUCAAAAAAGGUCCCAUUGGUCCACGUCAUCUCUGCGAGCCCAAACAGAAUUGGGUCACCUAGAUGACGUGGUCCCUUUAAGAUAAUGACGUCAUGGCUUAUUCUUUUAUUUUUAGGGGUAGCAGUUCAUCUUGCAAACCAACAGAGAGAGUCGUUCGCGGGACAGAAGGUAAGUAUUAUAUUUAGGCCGUGUGGCCCGAGGACUGAGGCAAUGAGGCCACGCGGUGCUUUCUGCCUGCGUGGCUGGAGGAUCAGCGCGGGUGCCGGGUAAAGGUAAGUUUGUGACACCCAGGGGUUCCCAUCCCAGUCCUUAAGUAUCCAAUACCAUUCCAGGAUUUAGGGAUUACCCUGUUGUGUCUAAAGUGUUUUUCUUUUCUUUUUCUUUCUUUAUAAAAACACCUUAGACUCAACUGAUUAAUCCCUAAGUCCUGGACUCUUCGUGGGUACUUGAGGACUGGGUUGGGAACCACUGCCACAACCCCAUACCUUUUGCAGUAGUUGAGAAGUAUUGAUGCCUCUUUAUAAAGUAUCCUGUGUUAUUAACAUUAAGAAACAUUAUUUAAUGUUGUUUGCUAUAUAAAAAAUAAUGUUUAAAUGGAACGUCCUGCUUUGAGUAAUUGAGAGGAGGAAAAGGCCAGAAUCCGUGCAUGUGAUCAAUUAUCAAGAGAAAUUAUUGAGCAAACCAUUGAAGAAAUGGUUCCGAAACAGGAUUGUUCAUAUAUUGGAAUCCUUAUAUAUGUUAUACACAGGUUUUUUUUUCAGUUUCUCAAUGGAAGAUUUUCUCACUAAAACUAAUUACAUGUUCUUUACUGAGAGGGUAGUGGAUGCAUGGAAUAGCCUUCCAGCUGAAGUGGUAGAGGUUAACACAGUAAAGGAGUUUAAGCAUGCGUGGGAUAGGCAUAAGGCUAUCCUAACUAUAAGAUAAGACUAGGGACUAAUGAAAGUAUUUAGAAAAUUGGGCAGACUAGAUGGGCCGAAUGGUUCUUAUCUGCCGUCACAUUCUAUGUUUCUAACUCAGGACUUCAGUAACCUUCAACAUUCCAGAUAUUGUGGAUUACAUCUCCCAUCAGGCUUUGCUAGCAUUAUGGCUGUAAGAGCUUUAUGAGAAUUGUAGGCCACAACGUCUGUAGUGCCUACCCCUGUUCUUACCUGUUUCUUUAUCUAUGUCCAGAAUCAAGCUCUAAAGGUCUUUCCAUUAAAGCCUCUUGCUGUGAAGAACAUGCAGAACUUUACUGUAACCAAGCAACGAGUAUGCAGAAGUUCCUACAUCAAUGAUCACAUGGUGACCACUCCAGCAAUGUUCAAUCUAGAAGAACCAUCACCUGUCUUACGCAACCAUCCUCAUCCUUAAAUACAUGGAAUACUUGGUGAGACUUUACUAUGUUAUAUGUUGCUAUGUUAGUCCAAUCAUGUGUCUAUAUUUCUUUACUUAAUGGACUUUUUAUGUAACCCGUAUCCUUUCAAAAUAGAGGUCCACGGGUAAAGGCAAAAAAUAUAUAUUUAUUGGAGAUCAAAUGAACAAAAAAAAAAGUUGCGUUUUGGCAUAGAGGCCUUAAUCAGGUAUACAUGGCUAAGGCAUCUAGGCAGAAAUGUUGCAUCCUUUUUUUUUUUUGUCCUUUUUGAUCUGCAAUGAAUAUAUUUUUUGCCUUCAUCCGAUGUGACACCCGUAAAUCUCUUUUUAGUUGUCCCUGUUGGGCUGCAGGACCCCCUUCCACAGAGCUCCCAUAUAAACUUAUUUGUGUGCACCUCUCCAUUGACUUUACCUAUCCUUUGAAAGUAAUGCUUUUUACUUGAUUCUGGAUUAUUUGCAUUUGCAUUUUUUUCCACCAAUUCUGUUGUCACUGGAAUAGCGCAAACAUUUUGUGUGCAAACACACUGGAAUAGCGCAAACAUUUAGAAAAGCCAUUUACAAUUACUUCUGUAAAACCGAAGACUCUUUUAUGAUCAAACUUUUAUACUGAAAUGUAAAUGUAAACUGAGGGGGGUGUUGCCUGAGCUUAAUGGUGGCUAGACGCAACUCGAGGGUGCUCCUCACCUACUGAAAUUAACCUGAAUAAUUAUCGAUUGCAGAGUCUCUUCUCUAGCACCCUAUGCUACUUGUCUGCCUUCUGAACCCAGUGAUGUAUCUUGAAGGAAUCCAUGAAGCGCUGUCUACCUGUUUUCACUGAAGCUCCAAACAAGGCCUAGUGCACGCUUCGAGGAGGGGCGGCCACUCUCUUGUCCUGUACAACACAGCCCGAACUCAGAGUCCCGUAGCUGCCCCGUUUACCUCCCUCUGGGCUGCAGGGCAUAACCCGGUCUCCAUUGGGUCGCUAUACAUCUCCCUAAUGUAGCUGUUACAAUUCUCCAGCUUACCUUCGACAUGCAGUAGUUCUGGCCAAGAUGGAGCCACCACUGUUCCUCAAGCACACCACAUGUCACUCCAUCAAAAUGGCACCACUGUCGGUGCACCGCUAAAGCUUGAACGGAUCUUUGUUUACUUUCUGGACAGCAAUGAAUGAGCGGGCUCGGCCAUUGUCUAAUACAAGGAGGCCUACAUCCAUUCCUGAUGGCCAGGACCCGUCCUGUUGACCAAGGCAGCUUGAGUGGUUGCUGCAGAAGAAGAGGCACAGGAUGGCUUUGCAGCAGAGAUCUAUACUUCAUCACUUUGAACCCCACUUUUGCCACAACAUGGGCUGACAGCAGGCAAGCGAGCAUGCAUGCUCCUGCCACAACCUCAAGGUAUUGGAGGCCUGUGAACCAUAUUACCAACUACGCAGGCUCUGCAGUCUGUGGACAUGUGCUCUGGCAGUCUGGCUGGAAGUAGUGAUGUCUGUCCGGGGAAAAUAUUCCAAAGCGAUCUGUAUGCCUGGGCACGGUGGAGGGGCUCCAUUAGAUUGGCUGAAAACAGCGUUGGCUGGGACUCUCCCUUAAUGGGAAUAGAAUGAUCCCCUAUCCACACCUGCAGUUGGGCUGCUUCACUCAUGCAGUCACACACGGCAACUCACCUACAAAGUUAUUGAUGUUCUUUUCUGAUCUAUGAGAUUCUGUUUAAAUCUUUAGACCCAGUGGCAUAUAACUACCUUGAAAGUUAUGUACUGUACUAAAUCUCAACAUGUUUCUCUUUCUGCCUUGCCAAUAUAGAACAUUUCUGAUAUUUUUACAUAUAAAAAGUGCUGUAUCCUUGACACUUUGUUAAUUCUUAUUGUCAUCUAUUCUUUUUGAGAAAUGUCUAUAUAUUCUCUUUUUUGUUAUCCAGUGCACUCCAAAAAUAAAGAAUGAAAAAAAUAGAAAGUAGACUGUGUGGUUUAUUCACCAAAGAGCACAUUCUAGAGAAUUGAAAAACAAAUUGCUAAAUUUUGGCUUAUAUGACCAAUCCAGUAGUGGAAUUGGAGAAUGUUUAAAAAUCCACUAAUUUAACCUAGAUCCUAUUUUUAUUUUUAAAUGUGAGCAUUUUAUUUUCAUAUUAAAACUGCCCUACUUAUCAUUUUCCACAAUCCCUUGACCUGGUUUAUAUUUGGAUGAGUGAUUUCCUGGGAUGCCAACAAUAAGAUCUGCUCGUUCCCUGGGAGAGUAUUUUUACAAAUGCGGAAUCAUAUUGAUUUGUAAACCAAGUUGCACAAUUCAGUCAAAAAGUCCUGAUUUGGAAACAGAAAGGAUUACGAUCCCACAGAGCCCUAUGAAAGUAACGUGUUUAGGGCACCCCUUUAACCCCUUAAGGACACAUGACGUGUGACAUGUCAUGAUUCCCUUUUAUUCCAGAAGUUUGGUCCUGAAGGGGUUAAACACAAGUUCUGGGGAAAAGCUGCCCGCACUGGAUUGAAUACUUUGGGAUUAAACCGUUCAUUAACUGUUUUAACCUCUGAAGAUAUGCCAGUGCCAGGGACCUUGUGGCACCAUAACAACUUAUUUCCGAUAUGUUGUUAUGGUGCCAGGAGUGUCCCUUUAAAUCUGUUGAUUUUUUUAAUCUUUUGCUUGCUUUGCAUAUGUCAAUUAUGAAUGUACAAUAUUUUGCCAGCUUCACAAUGGAUUUAUCAAUCUUUCUGCCAUUUUUCUCACUUGAAAAGGGAUCGAUUUCAAUUCUCUUCUUUCCUCCUCUAAUGCAAUGUCUGUGUUUAUUCCUAGGUUUUAAAACACUCAUUGUUUAACCUUAAGCUUUUGGAGUAAUGAUCACAUCUAAUGAGAGAUUGGUAUGACACUGGUUAUUAUACACAAUGUGCGGUCCAGGUGAGAGGUCAGGGACAGAGCCAUAAUCUCACUGUAACAGCUUGCAUGCUGCAGGUGGAGUUUAGUUUGUCAUUUGCACUGCAGUGUGGCGUCUGUAAUUCUUCUUUACGUAACUCUACAUCCUCCAACUGAUCCGGAUUAAUAUCACCUGUCAGGUGAGGGUGACUGAGAGCUCAGAGAAUCAGGGAACACAUCCUGGCACGAACACACUUUACGUGCAGAUUGCGUACACCCCACAACAGGUGUGCACACGCUGAGUGCGUAGAAAAACUAUUUUACCCACAAGAAUGUCCUAGACCAGGGGUGCCCAAUGAGUAGAUCCCCAGAUGUCUUAAAACUACAGCUUCUGUGAUUUUGUCAUUCUAAAGACCUUCUAAACAUGUGCAAAGCAUCGUGGAGUUGUUGUUCUACAACAUCUGGGGAUCUACCUUUUGGGCACCCCUGUUCUAGAACCUCCCUUUGGUGGUUGUGGUUUUUGUUUUGAUAAAUAUUUGUUUGACGUGAUUAAAAAAAAUUAUAACCAAUAUGCAUGACCGUUAUUAUGGCAUUUACUUUCCACAUUUUCCAAAGAAAGUUUGCAUUGAGUCAAGUCUGCUCAAUUUUACGUUCUUGCCUUCUUUCCCUUGUGUUAUAGUGAGGGAGCAUAGCGCGAUGCCCGCAUGUUUCACAGUAUGGAGUGAUUUACUAAACUGGGAAAUAUGGAGGAUUGACAAAUCCUCCAUAUUUUCUGACCAAAAAAAAUCAAAUUGGAAAUGUUUUUGGUUUUUUUUUCUUCAAUCCAGCUGUCCCUUGUCUGUUACUUAAAUGAUGGAGGGGAGCUCCCUCGAUAUCAGGCAUUCUUACCACCAAUUGGCAAAAUAUGUGCCUCCAGGAUGUCUACUCGCAUCUCCCAGUAAAGCUACGGGAAGCAUACAGGUGGCAUCAGAAAGGUUCACUUACUGUCGGCCAUUUUAUCCAAGCUUUCCCAGUCAGAAAACUGAGGUGGAUGGAAGACAUCACCCUUUAAGUGCCAAUAUGGAUCAGUCUUAGAGCUCCAGUUCCCUGUGUCCAUGUAGUUUAACCCUUCUUGUGCACACAUAUAUCCCUGUUAUUGUUACCCUGAUUCAAUAUUCAUAGGGUCCAACUUUUGUCCAGCAAGCACCUUCCUUGGGUUUUGUUAAAUUUUUCUUGCAAGAUACCCAACAAAGUUAGAUGGGAAUCCAAUCGUUUGGCUUUCAAGGAAUCUUGAAUGUUGUACAUCUAUUUUCUUUCUAACAUAAAAGGACCUUAAACAUUCUUGUAACUUUUCAAUCUUUUCUAAUGCAACAUUUUUAUUCUCUUUUGUUGACCAAAACUUUGGAGAGACACCGGUCUUUCGACUGGCUUCCAAUUUCUUCCUGUUACUCAACCCUUUUCCCCAGUAUCAUCAUCUGGAUGUCUUACCUGUAUAGACAAUAUUUCACACUUCCCCUUAAAUCAUUUAUUUACACUCUCAUAGUUCCUUCACAUCUCAGUAGUGAUCUCCUUUUAUAACUUUGGGUUAGAAUCCAUCAAACUGGCUUUUGCCUAAAAACCUCAAUUCCUACCAGGACGUACGUUUUUGGCAAUCACCCCAUAACUCCUCCAACAUCUGUUUUUCCUUACAAACCUAUUCAUCACACUGCUAUGUGACAUAGUAUCAUCCCGGAGUAUUUUAGAACUUUGAACAUUAAUAUUAUCUUUUAUGUAUAGACCCCUUCUAAUGCAGAAUACAUGAUGAACACUUAGAGUCCAUUUCCAGCUCCAAUCAGGGCUCGUAGAACAUCAUAGAUUACAUUGAUUAAUUGUGAUUUGACUUAUCCAUGUGUUUUCCUUGGAAGGAGUGAUGCGUGAUAACGUUAUACAUGGUAAAGCUUGUAUACCUGCAGGCUUAUUAUUACCCCACACUCAAGGCCUGCCAUUGCUGUUUUAAGGCAGGGAGGGUUUGCAGGUCAUGCUGUCAGUGUACUUAACACAGCUGCUUGCGUCUCACUUUAAUACAAUGUGUAAACGUAUUAACGCGGGAUUAUCAGAUUUGUAACAGUGUUGGCUCAUAACACACUCCUUCCUGAUCCCUUCACAGAGGGACCAAAAUUCCGUCAACUAGAGCUGCCUACAAUUUGGGAAGGAGGAGGGAGGGGGGUGGGUAAUGUGUGCUUAUAUAAUGAUUUGUCAUAAUUACAAGUCAUCUAUAAUACUCUAAACUGUAACAAAAUGAAAGCAAGAAAUUCAGUUUUAUCUGUAAAUAUUAAAUUCCCCUGAUUUCAGCUUUGAUUGUGAGGAUUUAAAAGAACGUUUCAAAAAAAUUAGAAAGAGAGACACAGAAAGCUCAGUACAGAGGUCGUACAAGGUUUUAGCUAAUUUGAGAAAGCCCCCCGUCCCUCCUUGACCCCGCACUUACUGAUGGAAGCCCACCAUCUGCUGAGUGAUUUCUGAGCUUCGCGCUCCCUUGCAGGCUAAUUGCUUUGGGGUUUGUUUUUCUUUUGCUUGGUCUAUAAUUUCUACAUAAAUGGAUUACUUUGGGAUUUUUCUAAUUAGCAGAAUUUAGCGUUUGACAUUAAAGUAGCGAUCAUGUGAUGAAAUAAGGGUGUUUGCAUUACAGAGACUGAGGACUGAGUAAAUACAUAGCGAAUACAAUAACAAUACGUGAACCCCUACAUUUAUUGUCCAUAACUCAAUACAUUUAAAUUAUCACUGCUGGCACUGUGACCCAUUAUUGCAGUCUAAAAGGCCAUUAUUGUUGGCUGCUAAGAGCAGUGAAUGAAUUACUACAGCUGAUAAUUAGUCACAUAUUGAGUGUAUCUGUGCUUUUGGUUUGUGUGCAUAACCAGUCCAAGUACAUGCUAAGGGUUAAAGUUCAGAGAUACGAUGAAAUCCAAAGAGAAUGCACCACUAAAGGCCUGAUAAAACCUACUACUUAUUGAACCUACUGCAUUUUCCUACUGCUGCAAUCACAUACACAAACACACUGAAUUGGUGCAAUAAAAAAAAAGCCAUGUAUGUAAAAAUACCCAGAGAUUUUAAGUGUAGAAAUUUGUACAAUACUAAAUUAUAAACAAAUAGUGAGUAAUUCUCCAACUGUAACCACGGGCAACAUCUUAUUAUAGAUUCAUACAGCUUGAUUUCACAAGCAUAAAAAAAAUGUAUUGGAGGUUUACAAUGAAAGAGCCACCCCACAGUGAAAUGUAAAAUUAAAGACACACUCAAUAUGGACAAACUGACGGGCCAAAUACACGACACUCUGAAAGUUUUCUAUAAAAUAUGGAGUGUUGUGUGCAUUGGGUUGUGUGUAUCUCUUGUGUGUGACUGGAAUGUCUUUCUGUGUGCCUGUGAUAGUCUUUGUCUUCAGCCAUAUUGUGGAGACCUACAUCCAUCCAUCCAUACAUACAUACAUACAUAUAAUACAACAGCCCCCAUGCAAACAAACCGCUGCACAAGCAGCAUCGACGAACACACCAUAACUGAUAACAUACAACCUUGCAGGUAGCCACUCAUAUACAAUACCCCAACCUACAUACAAUACACAUAUAUACAUACACAGCACCAUACAACAUAUAACCCACACACACAAUUCACAAGCAGCAUCCCUAUACAGAGCCCAAAUUCAAAAACAUGAUGCACAGCCUACAUACAUACAUAACGGACAACACCACAAAUUGCUUAUACAUAUACUAUUAGAACACAGCUCACAUAUGCACAAAUACAAAUCUAUAAAGCAGUAACAGCAACAUACACACAAACUAAUUUAAUUUAAAAAACAAAUUAGGACCGGCACGCCAAGAGAUUUCAGAGCCUUCUUUUGGUAUGGUGCUGCUAAGAGCUUGCCCACCCCUGUUAUCGCUGAGGACAAACCUAUGGAUUCCAGUCAGGAAUUCAAUGUGCAAUCAAAUUUAGUUCUGGAAGAUUAAUACUUUAUUAAAUAACCCUGUUGAAUUGCUAAAAUGGUGGUGACUUGUUUUUUUCCAACAAUUUCAAUAAACAACAUUUAGGAUGUGGACGGUAUACCAUUUUUUGGUAUAUUUUUACAUGUGGAAUUAAUUCUGUGCUGGAUCCCACAUUAUACCUAAAAUUAGGAAUACUUUGACUCUUGUACCUGGAUAAAGACUGUAUCCCUUUCUGAAGGUGAGAGCUGACGUGUUGUAAGGUAGCCUGUGACAUUUGAUAGAAUGUUCAGAUUUAAUGUAACCUUCUUUUUGGUUGGUUUGUGUUUUGUUGAACCUUUUCCUUUAUAUGAAUCUGCUCUAGAACAUUGUACUUGGAAGUUGGACGUUGACGAUUCAGGUUUAGGGAUCAUGUCGAGUACUCAGCCCUAAGCUCCUAGUAUAGACACUUUGUUAAUUCUUCAUGGGGCUGGAUGACUGCUCCACCUUUUCAUAGAUGGUAAAGAUUAAGAGGAUGACAAGAGGCAUCUGCUUACACAGCGUUAGGAGCUAAUCUCCAGGCCCUAAGAAAACUCUUGAAGAGAGGGAUGGAGAAAGAUAAACCUCUCCAUUUGUUUUAUAUCACUGAAGCAUCAUCCCUGCACACUAGAGUUUCUUGGAGCCAUUAACCUUUGGGCCACGAGAUUUCGUUCUUAGGGUCAUUAGAAAGCCAGAACUUCAUCUACACCUUUUGAGCUGAGUGAAGAUCUCAACUAAAGAGCAUCAUUCAGAGAUUUCAGGUGACAUGAGUUCACCCACAGGAUCCAUACUCAGUACCAGCGCAGAAGACAGCCAGUCAGGUAGGAAGACUCUAAGAAUCUUUGUCACAACUGGUCAACCCAAAGAUUUAUUUCACUUCACCCAAAAUCAUCACUCACUGUCUCCAAUGUAUAACUCAUACUAAUUUUAUAAUACACAGAGGGUUAUUCACUAACAGGGUUUGAGAUGAAGUGACAAAUUCAUUUUAUAUCUGGGGCCAAAAUAGAAGUUUUGGAGAAUUUGUCUCCCAGCUUGGCCACCAUCUCUUAACGUUUAUAAUUCCCUUCCCAGUUCUAGACCGGUUUCCUGUAUAAAACGUGGUGUCUCAUAUGAGCCAUCUAACACUAUUAUUUUGAAACAUACAGAGACCGGAUGAAAAGUUUCUUCCCGGAGUUAUGUACAAAAUGGCCCAGCAAGACACUCCUAAAUACAGAUUUCAUAGUACUCACUAAUUGAAACCUACAGCUCCAAAAAUGAUUUGCCAAUCAAAUGUUUGUUACUUUUUAAACAUGACUCUUAAAAUCUUUUAACCCUAUGGAGAACUUGGAGAUACAACUAUUAAUUUUAAAUAAAGAGCGAAUACUUUAUUAUUCCUACUUUCAUGCAUGCAUUGUCAAUUAUAUCUUGCAUUCACAAUAACAUUUGUUUUUUAAAAAAACUAUUAUAAUAAAGAGCGAAUAGAACAUUCUUUGUUAAUCUAAUUUACUUCCGGUGGAAUAUUCUAAUUAUUCUGUUCAAUGAGCUGCACCUAAUUAAGAUGAAGGGGCAUAAACUAAAGGAUAAAAUAGGGGUGAUGGUGCCUUUUGAUAUACACUUUGAUGUAUAUACAUUCUAAAAUUUAAGACAAAUGGAAUGCUUUUUGUUUUUUACAAUGUUUAAAAAGUUGGUGAAUGAAUGAAUUGCUUAAUCAAAAAACUGCAAGGGGCAGUCUCCUAUAAACCCUUGUGUUAAGAUUGGGGAGCUAAGGAAGUGAUUUAAAAUGACAUAAAUAGUUAAUAACAAUAUGGAAUGUAAUAUACUAAAUAACAGAUUUAGAAUCAGUGUUUUUGUUUUUUUUUAAAUAAAUUUGAGAAACUGAGAAAUAUUUUAUGGAUCGUACACAUAUAAAUGUAAUUCAAAUAAGUUCAUUUUACUAUCCCGGUCUCCUCUGUAGAUGUAUGUUGUAGUUCAUUUACUGUAUGGUAAAUUGUGAAGAAUUGACAAGGAGAUUGUACGUUUUAGGACAAAAUAUUUAUGUAACAAAUUGCCCUUUUCAAAAAUGUUUUUGUGUGUUAUAUGUUACAAUUUCUUUGCCAAUGCUUUACAUUUCACAGUUUUGUUAAUAAACCUUAUUAUAGUUGUAACGGACAGACAGAUAAAACAGUAGUACAGAUGCCAAACGGACACAAAAAAAAAUGGUUAUUCAGUAAAGUGAGAAUUCUCAUGAAUUCAAUUUCUACUUCACAUUUUUGAAUAGAAAAUAAAAUAGCUGAAUUGGAAGCAUUGGUGACUUAGGUCCGUUCGGCUAUUUGGACCUUAAAUUCAUUUUUAAUUCCCACCAGUUGUCACUUUAGUAAAUAACCCUUUUUGUUGUGUAGGACAUUACUCCUCCUGCAGUGUGUAUGGUACUCUGCGCAGUGUUUAGGUGCUUGUUGUGUUAAUUGUACUUUUCAGUUCUACUAUAUCACAAUCAGCCAAUAAUUUACCUGGGGGAUUUUAAUUGUAUCUUGGAUCUCUCCCUGGAUAGGAGUGCCCCCACCCUCAGGGUCCCCCUCCCGCCCGGCUCUGGAAAGGGGUAAGGGGUUAAAACUUACCCUUUUCCAGCGCUGGGCGGAGAGCUCUCCUCCUCCGAUCCUCCUCUUCUCCUCCCCAUCGGCUGAAUGCGCACGCGCGGCAAGAGCUGCGCGCGCAUUCAGCCGGUCACAUAGGAAAGCAUUUAUAAUGCUUUCUUAUGGACGCUGGCGUGCUCUCACUGUGAAAAUCACAGUGAGAAGCACGCAAGCGCCUCUAGCGGCUGUCAAUGAGACAGCCACUAGAGGAAAUAGGGGAAGGCUUAACCCAUUCACAAACAAAGCAGUUUCUCUGAAACUGCUAUGUUUAUGAAAAAAUGGGUUAACCCUAGCUGGACCUGGCACCCAGACCACUUCAUUAAGCUGAAGUGGUCUGGGUGCCUAGAGUGGUCCUUUAAUGAUAAAACUGUUAAAACUCAAUCUAACUGGAAACGUAACGAUAAUUUAUUGUACAAACAGCAAUACCUUUGUAUUAUAGAACUGGGCAAUUAAAAAUUAAACAUAUUUCACAGUGCUGUAUAAUGGGUAGGGAUUGAAAACGAAAAAGGUGAGAGUGACUCUGAGCUUAAAAUCCAGUAUGUAAGUGGUGAAUGAUUUCUAUAAUCUGUUCGUAUCUGAAGUGACCACCAUGUUCUGCCAUUUUAUUAUAGUUCCAAGUCCAGCCCCCGGCCCUGCUCCCAGUCCAGCCCUUUUGUGCCGUGUUUGUGGUGACAGCAGCAGUGGAAAGCAUUAUGGGAUAUUCGCCUGCAAUGGCUGCAGCGGUUUCUUUAAGAGGAGUGUCCGGAGAAAACUUAUAUACAGGUAAACCACCACCAUCCACCAUUUAGCUAUAAAUAUCAAGGCUGAUUGGCUCUCUUGGAAUGGAAGCCAAUCAGCUCUGAGCAUAGGCGUGCGCAGGGGGUGUGCCCAGAGGCAAUUUAAUGGAAGACCCCGCUGUUCUUCCCGUCCACUAUUUAGGUCUGUUGUUCCCAACCCAGUCCUCAAGUACCCCCUAAAAGUCCAAGAUUUAGGGAUUACCCAGCUGUGUCUAAGGUGUUCUUAGAAAGAAAAAAAAAAGACACUUUAGACACAACAGGGGUAAUCCCUAAAUCCUGGGCUGGUAGGGGGUACUUGAGCACUGGGUUGGGAACCCCUGAUUUAGGUCUCUGGUAGCAUUUUGUUUUUGAAGAAAAAUACAGGAAAACUAAGAAUUGAAUAGAUUUAAACUCCAGUAACCCCUAGGCAGAGACAGGCUACCCUCUUAAUAUAUGUAAAAUACAAGCAAAUUACAAGGGAUGGGAGGAAUGCAUGCUGGACAUCUACACAAAGGAUGGAUUUUGUCCAAAGUGGGUAGAGAUGUUCUGUGAUGUCUGUAGUUUAUCUGAAAUCUAUACAGGUGCAACUAAAAUGCAUCACAAUGACCUUCUAUAGCAACCAUAAAAUAUGGCGACUGGAGUGUUUUGUUGAAUUUUAGUAAUUGCCCCAGUGUGAGUUUCAGGAACCGUAGCAAAGUAUCAUAAGAGAUCAAAGUGUGACAUGGACAGGUGCAGAUAUUAUAUUGCACAGUGCAGGAUUUGGGACCAUUAUGACUGCAAUGCCUACCCAGGUCCCUUUGCUUUGUUACAGAUGCCAAGCUGGUACAGGGAUGUGUCCAGUGGAUAAAGCACACAGAAACCAGUGUCAGGCCUGCAGACUAAAGAAAUGUCUCCAAACUGGAAUGAACAAGGAUGGUGAGUUCUAAAUGUUUAUGUUGAGAUCCCAUUUGCCAACUUCCAAAUAAAUAAUUCCUGCCAGUCAUUAUGAGUGAGGUGCUGAAGGUCGACAAGGACACUUGGCCGGAGACAACAGCCAUGCUCAUUAUGGCCAGGUUUUCCUAAUCAUAAAUGUAAUAUAAAAAGGGGCACAAAUUAAACAAUAAUUCCAUGUUACAUUGUGUAACAAACAUUGAAAAACAACUCUUUGAGUAUAUCAGGGAUGUGGUUACUCUAUCCUCUUAAAAAGGAAUGCUCAAGAAGUCAUGAAUUAAUUCCAUAUCUGUGUCUGACAGUAUUAUUCUGAAAUGCAGGGGGCAUACUCCUUCCCACCACUAUAAAAACUCAUAUGAAUUGCCUCUUGCCCAUAUAGAAUCUCUCAUUGAUGAUAUAACACUGUGCCCUCUAAAGACACUGUACAACUAAAAGUAAAGGCUACUGUGAAGUCAAUCUAUAAGUGUAUGCCACGGUCUUCGCAGAAUUGCUGUCCAAAUUAUGUCCUGACCUGUGUAUCAGUGCCAACCACUUUUGUGCCAUCAUCAUACCCAAUGUCCUUACUAAAUCAAGUGCCGUGCGCUUUAGCUCUCCUUAUUAGCUUUGGGCCCCUAGGUUUUACUACCAAGUUUACAGAGGAGUGAAUAAAAAAAACUUUAACUGUUAAACUUAACUGUUUUACUUAAUUUAAUUGUUAGAGAGUUACUGUCCUCCAAACAAUUGCCAGUUGGGAAGGAAUUUUUUUUUCUAGAGGGUUAACCUGUUAUCUUCACUGGUUACAGCUAUUGAAGAAGAUGGGAAAAUUCCUAAAAAAAAAAAAAGAAAUAUAUAUAUAUAUAUGGGCUUGUCACCAGUGGGGUACCUCAGGGAUCUGUAUUUGGACCCAUUCUCUUUAAUAUUUUUAUUAGUGAUAUUGCAGAAGGUCUUGAUGGUAAGGUAUGUCUUUUUGCUGAUGAUACUAAGAUAUGUAACAGGGUUGAUGUUCCAGGAGGGAUAAGCCAAAUGGGGAAUGAUUUAGGUAAACUAGUAAAAUGGUCAGAAUUGUGGCAACUGACAUUUAAUGUGGAUAAAUGCAAGAUAAUGCAUCUUGGACGUAAAAACCCAAGGGCAGAGUACAGAAUAUUUGAUAGAAUCCUAACCUCAACAUAUGAGGAAAGGGAUUUAGAGGUGAUUAUUUCUGAUGACUUAAAGGUAGGCAGACAAUGUAAUAGAGCAGCAGGAAAUGCUAGCAGAAUGCUUGGUUGUAUAGGGAGAGGUAUUAGCAGUAGAAAGAGGGAUGUGCUCAUGCCAUUGUACAGAACACUGAUGAGACCUCACUUGGAGUAUUGUACGCAGUACUGGAGACCGUAUCUUCAGAAGGUUAUUGAUACCUUAGAGAGGGUUCAGAGAAGGGCUACUAAACUGGUUCAUGGAUUGCGGGAUAAAACUUACCAGGAAAGGUUAAAGGAUCUUAACAUGUAUAGCUUGGAGGAAAGACGAGACAGGGGGGAUAUGAUAGAAACAUUUAAAUAUAUAAAGGGAAUCAACACAGUAAAGGAGGAGACUAUAUUUAAAAGAAGAAAAACUACCACAACAAGAGGACAUAGUCUUAAAUUAGAGGGACAAAGGUUUAAAAAUAAUAUCAGGAAGUAUUACUUUACUGAGAGGGUAGUGGAUGAAUGGAAUAGCCUUCCAGCUGAAGUGGUAGCGGUUAACACAGUAAAGGAGUUCAAGCAAGCGUGGGAUAGGCAUAAGGCUAUCCUAACUAUAAGAUAAGGCCAGGGACUAAUGAAAGUAGAAAAUUGGGAAGACUAGAUGGGCCAAAUGGUUCUUAUCUGCCAUCACAUUCUAUGCUUCCUUCUCUCUCUCUCUCUCUCUCUCUCUCUCUCUCUCUCUCUCUCUCUAUCUCUAUAUCUCUAUAUAUAUAUCUCUAUAUCUCUAUAUAUAUAUCUAUAUAUAUAUAUCUCUAUAUCUCUAUAUAUAUAUCUCUAUAUAUAUAUCUAUCUAUCUAUAUCUAUCUAUCUAUCUAUCUAUAUAUAUCUAUCUAUAUAUAUAUAUAUCUAUAUCAACCAACAGGCUACUUUUCUAAAAGUUAUUUAGCUAUGUUGUUUACUCAGCCAUGUAUUAUUGUUAAACCAUAUUCACACCACCACCCAAAUAUAUCUAUUUUCCACAUUUGUAGUCACCUUAUUGUUCUCCUUACAGCUGUCCAAAAUGAACGUCAGCCUCGCAGCACAUCUCAGAUCCGUUUGGAUAGCAUUGAUCUGGACAUGGACAGUCGCUCAGAGCACCUGGCUACCACUCGGGAGCCUCUACCUUCCUGUCCUCCUGUCAACAGCCUCCGAACUCCUGUCCCUAGUGUGAUAACUGGGGCACUAAGCCCACCACACAACCACCGUUUCAUGGCAAGCUUGAUGACUGCAGAGACAUGUGCCAAGCUGGAACCAGAAGAAGGUGUGGAGGGAAUUAAUUUUAAAGGGAGUUUGGGAAGUUACUAAUGUAAGAAAGAUCAAAAUAUUUCUAACAGGCAAUGGCCUUAAACUGAGAGCAAUGUUACUAUCUGCCAACUGGAUCCUAUGACAUAAUUAUUAAUGGUGGAUCUGUGUAUCUGUCAAAGAAAACUAUUGGCUGCCGAGGAUAACAGGUUCACAAAUAAUCAAAAAUUGCAUUAUUUUAUUGGUUUAGGCAGAAUAUGAUCUCACUUUACAAACAACAUAACACUCUAGGCAGUUCCCCUGAUCUCUUCUUACCUUUUCAGCUGAAGAAAAUAUUGAUGUUACAAGUAAUGAGCCAGAACGCACUCCUAGUGACUUUCAGAUGUCUGGGUUUCCAACAUCCAGUCCAGAGGGGGUGUACGAGACCUCAGCACGCCUCCUCUUCAUGGCAGUGAAAUGGGCAAAGAACCUUCCUGUAUUUUCGAAUCUUCCAUUCAGGGACCAGGUGAGAAUAACAUUCCUAACAUGUGGUGGGAAUACAUUCUCUAUGUCAACAGAGUGGCUGGACUUUAUAAACCAAGAGAGACUCAAAAAGUGUUUGACACUAACUGGGAAAAAUGUGCCCAAAGACUCUUUUCACCGUAAUCACAAUAAAGAGAUGUGGUGACUGUGGUUCUAAUAGUACCCCUUUAAGAUUUUACUUGUUUGAAAUCUUGCGUUUUCAUAAUACUUAUUGGAUGUGACUAUACUUCUAUUCAUUAACUCAUCUUGACUUCCUGUUUGUCAGGUGAUCCUUCUGGAGGAAGCAUGGAGUGAGCUUUUUCUCUUAUGUGCCAUCCAGUGGUCUAUGCCAUUAGACAGCUGUCCAUUGCUGUCUGUGCCAGAUCUGGCUCCUAACAUCCAUGGUAAAUCCAUCUCCUCCAGCGUAGAGGUUCGAGUUCUCCAAGAAACCAUCAGCCGAUUUAAGUCACUCAGUGUUGACCCAACUGAAUUUGCCUGUAUGAAGGCUGUUAUGCUCUUUAAGCCUGGUGAGUACUGAGAGGCUGAUAAAAUAUAUUACGCAAGGACCUUUUCUUUCUAGUCUUGUUCUUCUACUAAACACCAAUUACAUUUUUUUUUUUAAUUAUUGUCCUCUAAUGACAUGCUGUAGAGAUCAUGGUGCCAGGAGUCCCACAGUUAGAAAUAAAACAGUUUUCAAACAAUUUGACACUUACCUUCCCCGGGUGCCUCUAACCCAGACUCCUCUUCAGAUAUGAUCAGAAAAUCCCUACGUCUGCAUUAGUGACAUGAAUUCCGCCCUAUAUUAGGAUAUAUCUGAUGCUCACAGCCAAUUAAAUAUGCUAAACUAAGAAUGGGAGAUGAGGGACCACAUUUAAAAAUGUUGCCUGUUUUGAAGAGAUGCUGCUGAAGUCCAUUAUGUACAAACCAUGUAUUUUAUGUAUAUAUGGUCUUCAAUUGAAUUACUAUUUCUUUUUGAAAUAUGUUGCAGAAACAUUAAAAAUCCUACUCCCUUCUGUUGCAGAAACCAGGGGUUUAAAAGAUCCUGAACAAGUAGAAAAUCUACAGGACCAGUCUCAGAUGAUGUUGGCCCAACACACCAGAAGCCAUUACCCCACCCAACCUGUCAGGUAAUUUACUAAUAACAGGAGAAUAUGGUGAAUAAGCCUAGACCUCACAGCUUGACAUAAGUAAUAUGUCACACAAGGUCAUGUACAUAUAGCCCAACAAUCUUUAGAAUUAGCCAUUGGUAUUACAGUACAAUAAAUGUAUGUGUAGGUACUCUCUGAUACGGAUGUGGUGUUUGGAUAACAAGCACCUGUAGAGUAAGAAAUGGGGGAAGGAUGAUCACUCUACAUUUUUCCUGGUUCUUAUCAGGUUUGGAAAACUUCUUCUUCUGUCUCCAUCCCUUCGAUUCAUCUCAUCAGAACGCAUCGAACUUCUGUUCUUUCAUCGAACCAUUGGUAACACCCCUAUGGAAAAACUGCUCUGCGACAUGUUUAAAAACUGA